AAACUUAAAAGUUUCUUCCAAAUCGACGGAACUAAUAUCCUAAAGCUACAUCUAAAAAAUUAUAUCCACGAACGGAUCACCUAUCACCAAUACGGAACACCAGCCUCGGAAGAUAGUCAAAGAACUCGAGAUCAUUUCUUAAACGAAUAUUUGAGACAACUCAACGAAGACAUAUAUUAUUUCGGAGAGCAAUAUAUUCAGCCCAUCUACGAUAACACUGCGACUGAAUUAUUCGAAAUAGAAGAACGACAAAGAAACGAAAGUUCUUUAUUUGCGUCCAGCUCAGAAGGAUCAAAUAAGGAUAUCAACGAAGAACAAUUCGACCAUGAAUUGACUAUAGAAAGAAUUCCAACACCAAUCAUUAGUCAAGAAACAUCCGAUCAACCUAACGAUUCACUUGAAAGUCUGUCUAAAUUUGACGAAAUCGCAAAGAAAGGUGCAGAAUUAGCAGUGAGAAUACAAAACGAAAUAAACAAAUUGAAAACAAUGACUACCUUUAACCAAACCGACGAAUGGGGAAAUCCUUUUGUAAGAGAAGAAAUUGGAUUCCGAUCAGAAGAGGAAGAAAACAACCAACAUUUUCAGCAAUCAAGCUUUGCUAAGGAAGCAAAUCGAGGAAGCCGACAACCAGAUCCAGAAUUGAUAGAUAAACCCUCCAAACAGGCAUCGAAUAAAGGAAAACAAAAAUACCAAGAGGAAAGUUCAAAAAAGAAUAAUAAGAAACACG